UAGCGUCCUUAAAGCAGCAGCAAAGUAGAGUGUGUUUCCGCUCGUGCGUGAGUUUGGAGCCGCGGUAAAUCGCAGACGAGGUGACAUCAUGGAUAUCAGACCAAACCACACGAUCUACAUCAACAACAUCAAUGACAAAGUCAAGAAAGAAGAGCUGAAGCGCUCCCUCUAUGCGCUCUUCUCCCAGUUUGGACAGAUAGUGGACAUCGUGGCCAUGAAGACCAUGAAGAUGAGGGGGCAGGCCUUCGUCGUCUUCAAAGAGCUCGCCGCCGCCACCAACGCUCUGCGGCAGCUGCAAGGUUUUCCCUUCUACAACAAACCCAUGAGGAUACAGUACGCAAAGACGGACUCUGAGGUCAUCGCCAAGGUCAAGGGCACGUACGGCGACAAGGAGAAGAAGAAAGAGAAGAAGAAGAAAGCUCAGGAGGCUGCGGCGGCGGCUAAUCUGACAAAGAAACCACCACUGGGAUCAGCAGUGCCGGUUCACACACCUGCAGUCCAGGUUCCUGACAACCCGCCCAACUACAUCCUGUUCCUGAGUAACCUGCCAGAGGAGACCAACGAGAUGAUGCUGUCCAUGCUGUUCAACCAGUUUCCUGGUUUUAAAGAAGUGCGACUCGUUCCGGGGAAACACGACAUUGCGUUUGUGGAGUUUGAGAGCGACACUCAGGCGGGCGUGGCUAAAGACGCUCUGCAGGGCUUCAGGAUCACAGCCACCUGCGCCAUGAAGAUCACCUAUGCGAAGAAGUAGAGGGGGAGGGGCAGGGGGCGGAGUUUCCUGCAUUUCUGUUUGUGUUUUUGUAAAUAAAGCUUCUUUUU